AUGGGCGACUUUGAUCUGUCCAGCCAGCUGGCUGACAUCCUCAACGAACCCCUCUUCGAGGCGCUCGACAGCAACCGGCAGCUUGCGUCCACAGACAUGGACAGCCUUCCCAUGGGCGACAUCGAGCUAGAUUUCGGCUUUGGCGAAGUCGAUCUGCAGAAGAUCAUGGAAGAAGAGAUGGGCAGCAAAAAGCUGCCGCCCAGGCCCUCUCUUGACACUCGCACCCCCUUGCCACCACCAGCAGUGGACCACCCGCCGGCAUCUUCAACCGCACUCAUGCACUCGCAGAGUGGCUCUUCCGUGCCUGGUGCCGCCUUCGCUUCCACGCUCUCGGCUGCAAGCACCUCUACGUUUGCACUUGACGAAGAAGACGGCGCCACGCAAGCUGCGGCUGACGGGGGCGACGAUGAUGAACACCAGCAACAGACGAGCGAAAAGAAGGAAGAGGAUGGCGACAGCGUCGGUGGCGGCGAUGGUGAUGACGUUCUCGUCGAGGCGGAGGCGACUGAACAAGACUUGACGCCCGAGCACUCGCUGAUAAAGGAGAUCACCGACACCAUCGAAGGCCGCUACCUUGAGAGCCUCAACGAGCUCAAGCUGCGGGAACUGGUCAGACGCGAAGAGCUCGGCGGCGGAAGCGACGCAGACUCGUCUACCAACAAGCCCGCCGAACAGGAGGACUACCCACACGGGCAAGAGACGAGCGAGGAGGCGAUGCACGAGCUCGAAGAGGAGCUGGGCAAGGCCUCGCCCGACCUCGACCACCUGCGGCAGCUUGGUCGCAGCUACAUCAUUCCCGAAUCCGUCCGGCCCGCGCUGUGGAAGUCGCUUCUGGGCGCAGACAAAAAGCCGGGCGAUUCGAUGGCCGGGUGGGAAGAGUUGCUUGCCGCCCCGCUGACGCCCGAAGAGGAGAAGCUCGUCCAAGCCUGCCGCGACACUCGCCCCGAGCUGCCCGAAUUCAGAGACGAUGGCGUGUCGCAGCGUAUGACUCGUGUGCUUCGGUUCUACUGCAAGCGUCGCUAUGUCAAGUACCGCGAAGGCCUGUACUUGAACGAAUUACUGGCCCAGUUUCUCAUGCUCAACUACCCACUGGAUGUGGCCUUCAACUGUUUCGACACCUUCAUCUCGAAGCACGUUCCACUCACCUUCGUCGAAGACUCCUCUGUUCAUACUUGUAUCAAUCAAUUGUUCCGCCUGCUGGUGUUGUACCACGACCAACCGCUAUGCCUCUUCCUCGACCAAAACAAUCUACCCCAUUUCCGGUUCUCUUCCCAAUGGUUCUCUUCGCUCUUUACAUGCAUCUAUGACAUGGACGAGGUCUACACCCUGUGGGACUUCUUCUUCGCCCAUGGCGAUCCGUUCUUCCCCUACUUCUUCGGUCUGGCCUUCCUGCUCAGCAAGCGAUCGGCGAUUCUUGCUGCCACCAGCCAGCAGGCGAUACUCUCCGAGCUCUCGCGCGUUACCACUUCCUCCCCGGAGGAGAUCCACCAGCUCAUCGGGCAGGCCCUCACGUUCGAACGACGCACGCCGCGCGCCUUUAGGCAGCAGCUCUACGCCGCCACUUUCCAAACACAGGACUGGAGCGCGUGGGUGAAGCGGUGCCUCUUCACGGCCGAUCCGUCGCUGUCGACGCCCACCUGUCUGCAGCUGUCGGCGCCCGAAGCGGCAGAGACGAUGACCGGCAAGGGUCUCAAGUUCCUCCUGCUCGACGUGCGCACGGACGACGAGUUCCGGAGCGGCCACCUCCCGACCGCCUUCCACCUGCCCUCCCGAUUGCUGCUCGAGCGGCCCGAAGAGUUCAAGCAGCUGUUGGACGGGCUCGCACAGCUCAAGAGCGACUCCAUGCACUUCGCCUUCAUGGGCGCUGCACAGACCGACACAUUUCUCGAGCUCAUCGUACUCCAGUUCCUGCAGAAAGGAUUCAACCACGUGAGCGGGGUGCAUGGCGGCUACGAAGCGCUGCACUCGUUCCUCAUGUCGCCUGCCGCAUCGCCCGCGGAGGACUACACCGAAAUAAUGGACCACGACCGCUCCAAGUGUCUCGUCUGCAUCAGCACUCAGAACGCGUCGUCGGCGGCGUCGUCAUCGUCGGCAGCUUCGUCGGUCACUUCGGCCUUCUUUUCGUCUUUCCUCACCGGGUCGUCCGCGGACUCUGCCUCCCCAUCGACCGCCUCGACGGGAGCUGCAACGUCGUCGCUGCGAACGCCGGGCAUCUCGUUGCCGACAUCGCUGGUGUCGACGCUCGCGUCGGGCUUCUCGCGGGUGUCCACUCGCAUGCCCACCAUUCCCUUUUCGCUCGGCGGUGGGAGGACCGCCGCCUCGGCGCCUGCUGCCGGACCGGCUGAUGCGGCCAGCGCCACUGUCGCGCCUGCUACCAACGCCUCGUCCGCCGCUGGCCAGGAAAAGCAACAAGCAGUGGUCGAGAAGCACUCCACCUCCCAGCGUCUGUUCACCAUCGACGAUGACGACGACGAUGACGGUGAAGGCGAACAGGCCCAUCCGGUUGACGAAGAAGACGAGGGCGCCGAAGACGAAGAAGCCGGAGACGCCAAUGCCGAGGAGGGCCACGAGAAGGGUCCAUCAGCGCCGCCGGGCGAUCAACCGCCCUCGGCGGAAAGCAGCGCUGAAGCCGCACGGCUCGGCGAUGGGGAGAAGAAGGCCGCCGUCCCUGGGCAGACGACGGUGUCGCGUUGGGGCAGCGGCUUGUUCUCCUCGUGGGGACGCGCCAAAGGCGAGGCAACUGCGAAGCCCGCCACGACCGACACGAGCAGCUCUCUCAAUGGCUACGGCGCUGGCCAGUCUCCAGCUGGCCCGAUCGAAACCGAACCCGACGGCAGCGCGGCCCCCGCGGAGGCGGCUGCGCCAGAACAGAGCACUGCUCCAGCUCCAGCGGAGGACAGCAGCAAGAAGCAGAAGGCAAUCGCCGAGCCGCGCAAGCCCGGUCUCUGGCAGUCUCUCAACUCCCUGCCAUCCCUCUGGGCCGCGGGGCGUAACAAGCGACCGCAGCAUAAGAUCGGGGAGUAUGUGCGCCUGGACCAGUACGUGGAGUCUCACCAGGCCUGGUCCUUCUUCGCCUGCAAACAGGUGAUCGACGCUAGCCUUCACCCGUGGUAUCUGGUGGUGACGGGGGACGAACUGCUGGAGCUGCGGGUGCACGAGGAGAAGCGGUUCCUGGUGGCUGUGGAGCGGGUGCACUCGCUGGAGAAUAUCGUGAAGAUCACCUUCAAGAAGCGGACCCCCAAGCUGCUCACCUUCCUCUACUCGCCGGAGAGCAGAGACGCCGCCUCGACCUCCGCUGGGGCCGACCUCAAUGGUGAGGUGCCGCCCGCAAGAGCUUCGGCUGAAGCGGGGAGCCGAAGCAGCGAUGGAGAGGGCGGCAGCGGCGCAGGCGGGCAUGCGACAACGGAGCAGCCGCAGCCCGACCAGCAGCAAAUCACCUCCGCGCAGUACGUGGUGGAACGACCGACGGAGUGCAUUGCCACGGUCACGCGUGCUGUCGAUGCCUUUGUGACUAAGCAGGCGGCCAGCGCUGCAGCCUCUUCCUAG